AUGCAUCAAUGCCCUUCUCCAUUCCCUCCUCUCAACACCCGCUCUCAAAGACACCCAGCCAGCGAUACCUCCAGUCCGCCCAGUUCACGUACAACCUCUCCGCCCUCCUCGCCCACCUCCACACUCCGCCGACGUCACCAGCCAACGCAAGUGUCUCCGCACCACCUUUUCAAUCUGUCCUUCCACCCCACCACCACCACCACCACCCAUCCCAAGGACUACGACACUGGUUCUAGACCACAGGACCGCCAUAUUCACGGCAACGUCCACAACCACGAAUCCAAUGCCUCGACCCAAUGCGGUGUCAGCAUUCUGCCCUGCGCGGUACUUAGAGGCCGCUCCUCAUUGAUGAUCGUGCGACGACGCCCCUCAGCGGUGGACAUGGCCCUGAGCGAAGAGCGAUGUCGCUGUGACGAAAACGCUAUUGAGAGACAGGGUCUGGAUCUUAUGGAGCCGAGGCCUGUGGAUAUGAAUCUCAACAUGAACCUCAAUAUGGGUGUAAAUAUAGACUUGGCUCGUCGGGAUUCGGUUUCGAGGGCUAGUAUCGGCUCGGAUACCCGGUCGGUUCUUGUUCAACAACCGAGAUUUGUGAUGGGUGGCAUUUUUGAGGUUAUGGAAGGUCGGGCUUAG